AUGUUUGUCCUCGGGGGACGUUUGAUGGAUUAAAGCUCGGUCUCGCUGCACCACCUGAUCUCGCCGUCCCAUAUAAAAGCUGCCUGACUGCUGAUCUCAGCUAGUCUCUCUCUCUCUCUCCUCUCAGUCUCCAUCUCUUCUCCUCCUCACUGCUGCAUCACCCCGAGCCGCAUCAGGACCACUCACAUCCAUUUAUUCAUUAUUUAUUUUCCAGCGGGGGGGGAGCCAGAACGUCGCGCACCAUUUUUGCAUUUGCAUUUGUAUUUGUGAGGAUUACCGUGCCGGCUCCGUGGCCUCCGAGGCUCUGGAUUGUGUUUUUUGUGCCUCAUGCGUGUGUGUGCCCGCUGAAACAUGCCGCGCUCGUUCUUGGUGAAGAAGAUCAAGCUGGAUGAUUUCUCCUCGUCCGGCCCGCAGCAGCACCUGGAUGACUCCUUCACUCGCUCCAUCGCGGACUCGGUGACCAGCCUCGGCGUGCGGCUCAGUGAGAAUGGAUACAUCCAGGACUACAUCACACCAUCUGUGUACCAGGGGGAGAAGAAGAUGGAGCAGAAGCUGGCGUCACCCGUAUCAGACCCCCUGUACAGCCACGUCAGCAGCGGCGGGGAGUACUGUGACCCCGACCUCAAGCACCCCAACAGCCCGCAGUCCGGAAUGACGGCCAGCAGCUACUACUCCGGGGAGUCCGAGGCCCUGGCAGAGGGCUACACCAUGGAUGCCUUCUUCAUCUCUGACGGGCGAUCUCGACGGAAGGCCGACAGCGAGAGUCACGAGGGAGGCUCACGGAGCAGCAGCGUAAGCCCUCCGAUCCAGGAGAGGGGAGUGGGCACGCCACGCCACAUAUGCAAUGAGUGCGGCAAGACAUACGCCACCUCAUCCAACCUGAGCAGACACAAGCAGACGCACCGCAGCCUGGACAGCAAGAUGGCGCGCAAGUGUCCCACCUGCAACAAGGUGUACGUGUCCAUGCCGGCGCUGGCCAUGCACAUCCUGACCCACGACCUCAAGCACAAGUGUGACGUGUGCAGCAAGGCCUUCAGUCGGCCGUGGCUGCUGCAGGGCCACAUGCGCUCGCACACCGGCGAGAAGCCGUUUGCCUGCGCCCACUGCGGCAAGGCCUUCGCUGACCGCUCCAACCUCCGCGCCCACAUGCAAACACACUCUGCCUUCAAGCACUACAGAUGCAAGCGCUGCAAUAAGACCUUUGCCCUCAAGUCCUACCUGAACAAGCACUACGAAUCAGCCUGCUUCAAGGGCUCCGCAGACGAAGACGACUCUGGCUCGGAAAUCUAACAGAAGCAAGGGAUUUGGAAGGCCGAACGACCGGCCAGCAGCCCCUCCCCCCACCCUCCAUGCCUUUACCCUUCCUUUUUUAGAAAGCAAUAUUUUCACUGAGAUUACGGAGAACAUCAAAAACUGAAAAGACGCUGAGGUUUCCUGCGUUGUAGCUAAUGAAUCCAACUUCCCUUACACACACACACACACACACGAUGAUGACUGUAGAGGACACAUGCUUACAGACACACACACACACAAACUCUUUAUUAAAUAUGAGGCCUGGCAUGCGAGUUUUCAGCUCUAACAAUAUUGAUAUCAACAAUAAUUAAUAAUAUUUAGAUUUUAUAGAAACAGAAAAAGGAAAAAAAAACAUUUUUAGACAAAAUGACCUCUUGUAUUUUUAUGCUGCUUUUUUUUUGCUUCUUUUGCCAACGCAAACUUUUUACGAAAAUGUGAACAGUAUUUGCAAAAAAAAAGAAAAAAGAAGGGGAGGUAUGUUUUGAAAAGACACACCCCUUUUUUCACGCCAAUUUUUCUGAUGUUAUUUUUCUAUUUGAUUUUUCUAAAUUUUAUUUUUCGGUGCUCUUUUUAAAGUUUCUUUGUAACUGCGGGUCAAACGACAACUAUAAUAAUGAUAAAAAGCAAAGUUACAUAAGCUACAUGAGGCAAGACUGAGUCACACUAUCACAACACACACACACACGAAUAACCCGCUCUUCCAUUACACAACCACAUGCACAAACACACACAGACACACGCGAACCUGAGUGUGGACUCACCCUCAGUUACAAAGUUUUGAGUUAGUCACUCACAAAGUCUAGAUCAGAGGUUCUUAACGUGAGGUCAUCUCCCCCCACCCGGAACUGCGGGUCCUUCUCAGCCAAAAACAAAUGCUCUUCACGAUUUGACCUGAAUCUCCUUUCAAAAACACUUUGACCGAGCCACAUGUGCAGGCCAGGCGAUCCCAUGAUGGAAAUAUGAAGUACCAUUUAAAGUUGACAGAAGUUGGAAGCACUUCCUGUUCAGUUUGUUUGCUUCAGUCUACCAAGAGAAUUUCUUUGAGGAGCAAUAAUUUGACUGCAAAACAAACGUUAACAAGGACGUGAUUCUGGAAUAUCUUGUGUUUGACACGAAGACGAACCUCUGGUUUAAACUCACUAUCAUGUAAAUACUUUAUUUAUUUACCUAUUUAUUAUUUAUUAUCAGGUAUUUAUUGAAACACUGCUGAUUUGUUAUUUGCAAACUAUUUAUUGAUUAUUUAUUUUUUAACAAACAUCCUUGUAAGAUGCUGCUGAUCUUCAAAGAAAAAUGUUUAUAUGCAUGAAAACUGUAGACGCUCCACGAGAGUUCCUAGUUUUUAAAGAGGAACAAUGUCGGAAUGUCCACCAGUGUGUUGAGCGACUUUUUAAGGGCAAUAAACAAUCGCGUAAACGUCUCCCAUCCACUUCCGGCAAUAAAACUCGACGUUGUGCUCUUUUGCCCCAAAACCACUUCCCUCUUUUUAUUCUGUCCCCAUUUUUUUUAUGACUCAGGCAAUAAUGACUGACAUCCACGUGCAUUAAGUGGUCAGCAGGUGUCGCUGUGAUGAUGGCGUUGGAGGCGUGAAAGCAAUAAAUCAGGACUUUAGAAGAAUCUCGAGCAAAACGAUUCAAAGGAAAUCUUCAAAACGUUUGGUUUGGUGAUGUAAGAUUUAAACUGCGUCCGAGUCUCCCUGACUACCGACACGAACGCAGCGACCCCCAACACACCGCAAUAAUACAAACACUUUCAGAAAUGCAUGAGUGCAGGAAAGCAUUUGGACCAGAACACAUGGGUCGGAUCAGGAGCUAAAAUCCCAAACACACAAAACGUUCAGGUGUCAUCAUUUAGAACACUACCUGUCUUCCAAUGCCACAGCUUUCUUUGGGACUAAAGGUUGAGGGUUGGAUUCCAGUAAAACUGGCACCUUAACACGAAUGCUUCAGGCAAUGUUUCAUUUUGGAAAGUAGGCGGCGCUAGCAGUUCAGAUGCCACCAAGCACACGUGAAUAGAGUCCGUAACUUCAUCUCAAUCGCUAUGAAAAUCCGCUGGCAUCCUUUCGGUGCAACUCGGGUUGCAGCACUGAUCUGACCUCCUCAGAAUCCGUUCACAGAAUCGACGUGGCAGAGCAGCAUUGUUCCUCUUUGACUAUUUUGUAAAUAUCUUUGUAGAUAUAACCACAGCAAUAAUAUGAAAAUGCAUGUCGACAUUUAUCCGCUCUGUUUUUAUAACCCACCUUUUUAACCGAGAAGAGAAAAGACUGAUGGAACAGGAGCAUCAUCAAAGAUCCGAUCACCUGCUUCCUCUUUGUCUCCUCGAAAAAGUGCCAAAAAUUCCCUGACGAAAGCCUUGGACUCACGGACGACCAGCGGGGACGUCCACGUGUCUGAUUCAGUGACCUGAAGCCAUGAUCGCAUUGGAGACGCUUCCUCUUUAUAAUUAUACCGCUCCAGAUAACAACGAUGUUGAUGAUGUUGAUGACAAUAGCAAUGAUAAUAAAUCAAUAAUAGCACAAGCAACCAAA